AUGGCAAUUUGCCUAGCCGGCAUCGCAGCCGCGCUCCCGGCCACAACCACAGCAGCACUCCCUGCGACAACGGCCGACCUCACAUCACAACCCACCGCAACAAACGCCCAAGAUCCACCCACCGGAUGCCUCCGCCCGAGGCAAUCCAACCCCGAAGACGACCCGCCUCCCUACGUGCCCAUCGUCACCGCCGCGCCGACCCAGGACGCGGCGCUGGCGAGUCUCGGCUGGGUCCAGACGACGUACUACGAGUGCCACACGCGGGGCGGCCAGGAGCACUGCGGCUGGCACAUUCCCGUCAUGAAGAAGGAGUCUGCAGGAGCGGCGCGGAGAGGCGGCGCGUGGGGUGCUGCGGUUGCUGCUGGGCUUGCGUGUUGGGCGGUGCUGUGA